AUGAAACUUAAUGCAAAUGUGUUGAACGAAUGUCCAGCCGAGGGUCGCCUUUUGGAAUUAUUAGUGAAGGAUUCUUCUUCUUUGACGCAGAUGAUCAAAGGAUUAAUGAUUGCUUCAGAAAAUAGCAAAUGCGUCAGAAAAACAUCAAAGGCAGUGAACGAACGUUCAUUCCGUCUUGUAAAAUUUGCUGUUUUAUCAACGUCGACCCCUCACAUGAAGAUAAAAGCGGCAGAAUGGAAAGGCGAAGUUGAAAAGGGGGUGAACGUGACCGCAAAUCAACCAUCGCAACAAAAUGAAAACUUUCCUUCUUUUCAGCAUAGCAACGGGCCUUAG